AUGACGGACCAAAACUGGAAGGAUUCGUUGAACAUCCCAGAAAAGGAUACACGAGUACAGACCGAGGAUGUGCUCAACACAAAGGGAAAGAGUUUUGAAGACCUCAAUUUGAAGAGAGAGUUGUUGAUGGGCAUCUUCGAGGCUGGCUUUGAAAAGCCUUCCCCGAUUCAGGAGGAGUCCAUCCCCAUGGCGCUCGCAGGAAGAGAUAUCUUGGCCAGGGCCAAGAACGGAACGGGGAAAACGGCCUCUUUUGUGAUCCCUGCCUUGCAACUGGUCAAAUCGAAACUCAACAAGACCCAGGUAUUAAUUUUGGUGCCCACCAGAGAGUUGGCUUUGCAGACCUCCCAGGUCGUCAGAACCUUGGGUAAACACUUGGGUAUCAACUGUAUGGUCACCACCGGUGGAACCAACUUGAAAGACGAUAUUAUGAGAUUGAACGAGCCUGUCCACAUCUUAGUGGGCACUCCAGGCAGAGUCUUGGAUUUGGCCGCCAGAUCAGUGGCCGACUUUUCGGAAUGCCCCUUGUUUGUCAUGGACGAAGCGGACAAAAUGUUGUCCAGAGAGUUCAAGAGCGUCAUCGAGCAAAUCCUAUCAUUUUUUCCUCAAAAGAGACAGUCCUUAUUGUUUUCCGCUACAUUCCCCUACGUAGUCAAGUCUUUCAUGGAUAAGCACUUGACGAAGCCUUACGAGAUCAACUUGAUGGAUGAGUUGACCUUGAGAGGCAUUUCGCAGUUCUAUGCUUUUGUCGAGGAGAAGCAAAAGUUACAUUGUUUGAACACUUUAUUCUCCAAGUUGCAAAUUAAUCAGUCCAUUAUUUUCUGCAACUCCACCAACAGAGUCGAGUUGUUGGCCAAGAAGAUCACAGAGCUUGGCUACUCUUGCUACUAUUCGCACGCGAAGAUGCCUCAACAGGCUAGAAACAAGGUGUUCCACGAGUUCAGACAAGGGAAAGUCAGAAACUUGGUAUGCUCCGAUUUAUUGACCAGAGGUAUUGAUGUGCAAGCUGUCAAUGUUGUCAUCAACUUUGAUUUCCCUAAAUCGGCAGAGACAUAUUUGCACAGAAUCGGUCGUUCUGGUAGGUUUGGUCACUUGGGUUUGGCCAUCAAUUUGAUGAGCUGGAAUGAUAGAUACUCAUUGUACCAGAUCGAACAGGAGUUGGGAACUGAGAUUAAGCCAAUCCCUGCUACUAUUGACAAAUCAUUGUACGUGAACGAAAACGAAGAAUCCAUUCCCAGACCUUUUAAGCUCGAGGAGUUACCAAGAGGCAAGGAUAGAAGAGGCGGGUUUGAAUAUCAAGGCCAACCUCAGAGCCAACCACCAGCGUCUCAAUCACCACCACAGCAACACCAGCCCAGUCAAAUCCCAGCUCAAGGCCAACUUGGAGUUCAAUAUCCACAAUAUCCACAAGGAGUCCCUCCCCAGUUCAACUAUCCAAACCAGUACCAGGUUCCUCCGCAAUAUAAUGGGUAUCCUCCACAAUUUGGCGGGCAAUUUCCUGUGCAACAACAACAAUAA